AUCAUAUUCAUGGCUGUUUAUCAUCCACAGUCCUUAGCUCGGUUUAAAAGAGCUGAAAGCUCCUCCUUGAUAUGGGGAAGGGGGUUCCUACUCCGCUCAGUAUUAAAAUGAGUAUCCUGUAGUUGCUGAUGGGCUUCCUGAACACAUUUAUAAGACCAGAUCACCACAGCACCGUCCUCAUCAGCCUCUGACUAAAACUACAAACUGUAUGCAGUGUAAACGACAUAAACACAAAUCACUGAGUAAUGAAGAUGUUUCCCUAGAGAGGAAAACACAGUUGAUCCUGUUUCUGAGCUUUAAAGCUGUCAUGGAUCAACAUGUUUGACCGAUCUCAGCUCUCAGCAGCUAAACCACCAGCAGAGGGCGCUACAGCUCUGUGAAUGGCAGCCUUGGUCAGAGUCUUUGUCCAUGCUGCUAACAACGGUCCUCAUGCAGGAUCAGAGCAGAGAGGACUACAGUAGAUGGAGCUAGAGCACCAAGAGGGUUGGAGGAAAGUUACAAUCCACAGAAGAAGAACAUGCCAGUCUUCAGCCUCCAACACGUCCUCAAACACUCUUCAUGAUGACGUGAUCUGAGACGCUGAGGUACUUCGGUUAUUCCAUCUGAAUAGUGAAAAUGUCCGGAAGAGGAAAGGGAGGAAAAGGACUCGGUAAAGGAGGCGCCAAGCGUCACCGUAAAGUUCUCCGUGAUAACAUCCAGGGAAUCACCAAGCCCGCUAUCCGCCGUCUGGCUCGCCGCGGUGGAGUCAAGCGGAUCUCCGGUCUCAUCUACGAGGAGACCCGCGGUGUGUUGAAGGUCUUCCUGGAGAACGUCAUCCGUGAUGCCGUCACCUACACCGAGCACGCCAAGAGGAAGACCGUCACCGCCAUGGAUGUGGUCUACGCUCUCAAGAGACAGGGACGCACUCUCUACGGAUUCGGAGGUUAAACUCACAUCCUCACAACUAAACAACCCAACGGCUCUUCUAAGAGCCACACACUUCUACUGAAGGGUACAUUUCUGUGUUUUGAUGACUAUUUCUCUACAGAAACUUUGACUGUUUGAUCACGUCUGUUAUCAGGGGGCUAGAAUGUGGUCUAUGUGGAGAAAUACUAAGACUAAAUAACUGUUUUGUUUGCGUUUAGUUUGUACCUUUGCUCCAAACAUGCAUGAGCUCACGCUCAGAUUGUUGGAACUCUUUAUGUAGGAAACCACGUGUGUCCUACGCUGAUUACAGAGGUCUGAAAAAAACUGAUCCAACUAUGGAAAAGAUCUGAGCCAGGACAGCAAUCACUAGAGAGCAGAGGAGCUGUCCAUUUCUCUGGUGCUGACAUCACUAUCGCUUCAAGACGAGACACCAACAGCCCACGAUAACCCCGCACCGUUUUGACAGAAACACGUGAUUAGAGGAAAAAAACUCCACUACUAAACAAACACCAUGUCCUGAAACAGGCUGCACAGCAGCGCGUGCACACUUCACAAAAAGUCACUCAUUUUGAGAUCGUUGCAAACUCUUCAUCAUGUUUUCUUUGUUGCAGCUCUGUUCACAUUGUCAGUCUUCGCUAGAAUCUUGUCACGUGCCUAAAUGGAGACAGCAAUCACACAUUUGCCCAGCAAUCAUGAGAAUGUAGUAUCUGUAGACUACUCCUAUCAUCUUGUUAUAGUCUACCUGUUAUUACUUCAUUCAUUUAUGACAGAGAUGGUUUGGUGUGUUUUAGGGUAUACAUGCUGGAUUAUUCCUGCUCACUGUCAGCACUGAAGCAUCUUGAAGUUCAUGUAAAAAAAAAGAUAAUGGCUUGAUGUUGGUGAAGUGUUUUUCUGUCUGUCUGAAACACGACGCUCUCAU